UUUUAAAACGUACCCAAUGGACAUGCGCAGUUGACAUAAGCGAGAAAGUGAUAUCUUUACACAUCUUUAAUAAUUAGCUCAUAGGACAUUCCACCGUUAGUAAUACUUCUCUACAAUAAUACCACAGCUAAACAACUAAAAUACCUAUUUUCUAGCUACCAUUUUAGCCGGCUGCUAGCGUGUUCCCUGCAGCAAUUGUAAUGUUUACUUCCCAAACCUCGUCCUUCCAAGAUUCAAUUGACGUGGAAGAGAGAGAUGACUUUGACAGUGAAGAAAUUGCUGGAUACAGCCAGAAAAGUCAGCUGAACUGCUACUACACCAUCUAUCUUUAUCAAGGCACAAGAUCUGAGGCUACUGGAGAAAAUAUGGCAUGGAACCAGAGACGAGCUGACUCCACAACCAGUCAGGAAGACUUUAGCCUGACACUGAUCGACAGCAGCCUGCCAUCGGAGGCAGAACCUGAACUGCGGACCUACAUUUCAAGGAGGCUGAGCAAAGGAGCCCUGCUAGGAGGCAUGGGUAACAUUGCUACUGUGGAACUCAGUAUCCCAGAGCAGGCAGUUGGCUGUUACUGCUGUCUCUUGGAGCAGGAAAGGUCUCCCGAACAGCCUGAUGCCGAUGGAAAUGGUUAUGUAAUCUGCUUUAUGGGAGGCUCUGAAAAAGGACUCAACUUAUUUAGAUUAGAGCUUGAUAAAUAUGUCCAAGGCCUGCAUAGCAGCCUGCAAACCCCAGAGCUGCAAAACCUUGAGACAGAUGUGCGUCCCUAUCUGAGCCGGUGGUAUGAGGAGUCUGUGAUGCACAUUUAUCGGGUGGUGCAACUGGUCCAGAGCAACAUCAGCUUCUUGCUACAUGCUGCUCUGAGUCAAACACAUGUGGAGGUCAUCAAAUCAGAUGAGAGGUCAAAGGCUGAUGUGUCCAGGUUCAUUAAAGCAGCCAGUUUGCAGGGUCUGUCCCAGCAAGAUACCACCACAGCUUCUCUUUGUAAGGCUGUCUCAGAGGGUACACAGUGUGACUUGAUUAUAGACUGCUCCACCAGCCCACCCACCCUCUGUAACACUGUUAGUAAUCGUUUCUACUUCAAACUAAAGGCCAUCCAGGACAUGAACAGCCUGAAGCGCUUUGUGCGUCAGGCAGAGAUGAGUCACUAUGCCCUGUUUCGCUGCUACCAGUUCCUACAGGGGUGUGGAAAUGGAGAUGUGUUGCUGCAGAAUGCCAGGGCAGAGCACAGUGACCUGCCUGAAGCCUGCAGCAUCAUCACUGUCCUGGAGGAGUUCCUCAGGGAACAGUCCCAAGCCCAGGCCUGAUUCCAUUACAACAGUAAUGCAGAUAACCUAAUACCAUUCUUAACCAAGAUCUGCAUCUUCUCUUAAACAUAGAAUUGCCAGAAAAAAAAAAGUUUCCUCUUCUGGCACUACUGCUGCUUCUCAACUAGAAAGGGGGUGGUUAAAUUUGGAAUAUGUACAGCAAAAAACUGAGAACUUAAUCUCUUUUUUUGGCUAAUCAUAGUUUAUUGACUCAGUAGCAUCACUGCAUGUAUCUUAACAAUUAAGAUUAGCUCUUAAUUGAACCACAGAGCAAAGAGCUCAAUGAAGGUGAAUAAAAAAUAAUGUGAAGAUCAGUUUAGAUCGAGAUUGGCACUUUCCCAAUCAUUUCCUUUUUUGGAGUUUCAUGUGUGUAUAAGAAUUCUAUGAACCAAAUAUUAUUACAACACUAGUGUGGCUGACAGUGAUCACAUGGCAGAACUGAUCCAAACUGAAGCCAGUUUCUCUAUUACUCAUUUGAUGUCCAAAUAUUCUUUUAUAAUUAUUUUGUAUUUAAUUUGACUGUACUAGUUUUCUUUUGAGGUUAAACACACUGAUAAUGCACAAUUCACUUUUAUCCAUAGAUUCUUUUUUUGCUUACAUUUAAACCCAGUACCUGCACUAUGAUAUUGUUUUUGUCAGAUGAAUUCUUCUGCUCUGAUAAACCUACUGUUUGUCUAGGAAGGCACGUUAGAUAUCUUUUUAAUUCUCGGGGAAUGCAAUCAUUUGGAUAUAUCUUCACAGCGUUCACCAGCUCAUGAGCUUGUGAGAAUAAACAGGCACCAUGUGACCAGUCACUCACUACAUUAAAUAAACAUCAGUGCAGUUUUAAAAGGUCUGUCAAUAUCUGCUAAAGAGAAGUAGGAAAUUAAAAUAAAUAAUAGAUGAUAUAUUGAAUUGCUCAGAGUAAAUGUCCAUGUUUAUUUUCCUUUCAUUUUCCAUUGUGUAUGUGCAACAAGGCAAGAGUUUGUAGUCCAUUAAACCUAUAAAGGGUUUUAGGACCACACUCAAGUCAUUUCCAUGAAAAACAGUCCAAAGUGUGAAAUACAGCAAUAUCAGUCUCAUGGUGUGUACUUUUAAACUGUGAACUAGGUGAAAUGUACAUGAGUAAUUUUACUGUUGUGAGCCGUAGAGUGGCUAAACCACAGCGCGUGUGUGUGUAGACAUUUCUGUAGGUGUUCUCUAUAGUUAUAAAUGACUGUGUGAUAGUCAGCUGUAUAUAGAAAGAGCCAAAAUAAAUAUCACGUGAGCAUC